UAAUGUUGCUUUUUUUUUUCUUCUUUACGUUCGUAAAUAAAGGAGGUUUGAAAAUAUUAAUACCUUAUUAAAUAUCACGUAGCAACACUUUAGAUAGUUUCAAACCUUAAACGUGUCUUUCUGUUGUCGUAACUUUAUAAGCUAGUGACUUUUUUUGUUAUUAACAACUGUUGCACUAAAGAUGACAGUGCUAUUUGUUGUGUGAAUAGAAAUGGGUUAUGUGUGAAUGCAAUGAAAGUGUGCUAAUUUUCAGUGUGUGAAUGCUAUGUAAGUGUGCUAAUUUUCUAUCUAUAGACUGUUGCUGGAAAAGAUGGCCCUCAUGCAGAAGGGAUAGCGUGCAAAAACAAUAUUCGGAUGACUCCUGAUUGGCUAGGAUAUUACACACUAAAAGCUGAAGGGCCCUGGCUUACGUUUUCACUGCUUGGUGGUUCUGGUUCGUCCUUUUGCUUAUGUGUGUUGCUUUUGUACCCCUCCUGACUCUCUGCCUUAUUCGAUGCGUCAAAAACAGGAAGAGUGAUUCAGGAAAGACUCUGGGAAGAAUCUGGCUCACACUUUCACCCGCCAUACUCACUACCCGUGAUACAGCAGGAAUCAUUCAACCAAACGUGAACGUUAUGUUCUACAGUCGUCCCCCCACACGUCAGGAUCCCCCUUCUGCCAUCCUAGCUCGAGCUUUGUCACCAAUGAUCCUGAAAGACCGUUUGACCACACCAAUCAUGCCUCUGAAUCCCGCCUACAAGCCUUCUCAGCAGGUCAAAGUCACCACAAGUCCUGCCACAACAUCGACGGGGGCACUCAAUAGUGAAAAUGAGCUCACCUUACCUCCUGGUUAUAUUGUAAACAGAGAGAC